GGGACCCUCUUUAAUUACAAAUUAAGUGAAACCACCAGGAUGGUUUGGAGGGCUGAGGCCUCCAGCCAGGAGGAUCUCUUCUCUCUCCAAACCCCCACCACUAACAACCAAUAAACAAGGUCCUGGGCAUCUCAGCUUCCCACUGUGGCCUGGCUCUGCUCUCUGAGUGAGUAGUGUGGCACAUUGAGCUGAAUGUAUUGCUCAGAGGGCACUAUUAGGGUGCUAUGUGAGUGUCUGGGGGGUAGAGGGUGGUCAUUGGAGGUCAUUUAUCAAGAAGACCUUUAGUUUCUUCACUUUUCUUAGGUGGGACAUACCAGUGCCAAGCCAUGUGAGGGUCCCUCACCCCCCUUAUAAAGUGCCUUUCUGUCCUUGAAAAAGAGUCUUUGGCUUGGUGCCUCUAAUCUCCCAAGCUAUGUUUGGGGCACCUCAACUAUAGGCUCCACUUACCCCAGGGAAUAGACAGGUGGUCAUAAAGGAUCACUGCAUAAAUUGUAGGAGGUGCAGAGGUCUAUAGAGAAGGUAACAUGAAGGACAGUCCAGGAGGGACUCAGCUGUUCUUGGAAAAGCUAAAACCCAUAGCAGUAAGUUCCUUAGGAGUGGUGAGCUCCUCACUGGUGGGGUUUCUCUGCUACCUAGCUACCUGGGGUGUGAUAUGCAACCAGAACCCUUGCCUUGUUGGGCCUCCAGUGGUGGAGCCACACUGUCCCAGAGCUGCGUUCUUACGAAGGAUGGCUGUGGGGGUGCACCUGCGCAUGAGCCCAGGACUAGGAUAGGUUUGGGAGAGAGGAGAGACAGGACAGAGAUAAAACAGGAGUGAACAUCGGGCCUUAAGAGCUUGUCCUUGGGUUGGCAGGGGUUUCUGUCCCGGGUCUGGUUGGGUCCAUGAAGUUUGCCUUCCAAUUCACUCUUCUGUUAGGUGUUGCCCUGAUGCUCCUGGGCAGUGACCAGUGUUCUCUCCCACUGCUGCUCCCACUUGGUGGUUCCUGAGCCUCCCAAGGCUGAGGAACCCCUACUGCGACUACAGGAGCUUAAUAAGAAGACAAAGAUUGGCAAACCAGAAGGCCCUCAGUGGAAGUCACUCUUCACUGGCACAGACCCCUCCUGAGCAGGAGUGCCAGCCCUGGGUUUGCUGUGUCCUCUGUCCUGAGGCCCACGUCUCCAUCAGCUUCUCCAUGUAUUUUUACUUCCUCAGGGCGUCUGAGCUGUGGUGGGACAGCUUUGGAUUCAGUCCCAGAGCCAGACGGAGUCCACUCAACUGAGCUUGCUUCGCCAUCGCAUCCACACUAUUCCCAGUUGUAGUCACUCUGGGGCGCCAGGUCCUUUCAAGUUUCGAGUCUCCCCCCAGCCCUCUGCGCUAGGCUAAUAACUUCCAGCCUCCAAGAACCGCUUUAAGAGCGGUCCACAGGGGUGGGGCAAGCUCUAGGGGGCCAGGUCAGGAGACUGAGGUCCUUCCUAGGUGGGAUCACGCAUCCCAGCACAGUCAGCUCUGAUCUCCCUCUUCAGAACUUUGCAAAUCCCCAGCCGUUGAGGCCAGGGAAAGUAAUUUUAUUGCAGGCGAGUUUAUGAGCCAGAGCAGCAGCUGGGCGGGAGUCUGUGGCACACAGAAUCUGGGGGCCUCCUAGGAAGGGUCCAGCACGAGCGUGCACGGGGCCGCUCGGGACAACGCGGAGAAGCCCCAUGGCCCUGUCUGACGGGUCGUUCCGCUGGCUUCUCUCCUCGCCUCCCUGCCCUGAAGAUACACCGCUGCUGGGACAUCUACCAGCUCCAGACCCUCUGCGGCCCGGGGUUGGUGGGUGGGGGCGCAGGAGGAGGGGCGCACGGGGCUUGGGCCCAGCGCUGGGGGCGGGUCCGGGGCGGGGGGCCCAGAUCGGGAGCCGAGCGCCGGGGCCCAGGCAGCUGCCGAGCCAAGCGCAGCGGGCAUUGGGACUGCCACAUCCUGGCCUGCCAUGAGCUCCGGAACCGAGCCCCAGACCCCCCGGACACCCUUCAGCAUCGCAGACAUCCUAAGCCCACGCAUGGUCCCCGGAGGACCCUCUGUGGCUCAGCUUACAGCGUCGAGUCCAGGUCCCACGUCGCCUCUAUGCGCACUGGAGGAGCUGACUAAUAAAACUUUCCACGGACUUGACGGGCACGCUCCGCAGCCCUCUGAAGGCCGCGCCGCGCCGGGCGCGCUGGGCCCUGGCCUGGCCGGCCGCAGGCGGCGAAAGUCACGCACGGCGUUCACCGCGCAGCAGGUGCUGGAGCUGGAACGGCGCUUCGUCUUCCAGAAGUACCUGGCGCCCUCAGAGCGCGACGGGCUGGCAGCGAAGCUCGGCUUGGCCAACGCGCAGGUCAUCACGUGGUUCCAGAACCGGCGAGCCAAGCUCAAGCGCGACGUGGAGGAGAUGCGCGCAGACGUGGCCUCGCUGCGCGUGCUGUCUCCCGAAGUCCAGGGCUGCCUCGCUCUGUCCCACCGCACCACAGGCCCCGGACCCGGUACCGGUCGACCUGACUUCGGGCCCCACUUGUCAGACGAGGAGAUAGAGGUGGACGAUUGAAGGCAAAGCCGCCGCCAGUCCUAGUCUCUGCGACCCUGGACUCCUCGCCUCCGCGCUGUGCGCCCUGUCUGGAUUCCAGGGUGGAGGGAAGGUGUGGAUACCGGUGUCUAUAGCUCCCGUUCAGAUGCCCACGAUUCCCAACUGUAGAGAAUAAAGUCGAGACUUCUCCACACGACGUCUCAAUCCCGGCCGGUGGCAAUAAGAGUGAAAUCUGCUGAUUCUUGCGCUAAUUCUGCA